UUAUGCUUUCCAUUCCUCCUUUGCUGCUGCAUGCUGGUGAAAAAGUUCCUCCUCUCUGUGAAAAAUCCAUACCAUACCCAUGCCUUCCAUGGCUGUAAAAGGUACCGAAAAUGGGAGAGUUUGUCCUUUCUUCAUCCUUACGUGUUCGGUGCUGCGGAGAUACUCGGAGCUUUUUGGUUCGUGUUUUUUCUCGUUCGUGAUAUUUGAUAAUAUUAGUGGUUUGAUUUGGUGCGUAUGCACGCAACUAAAGAGAGAAAAUCAAGCUCGAGUUUUGCUUCGCCGUGUUUACUAUGUACUACACACCCUAUGAAAGCGCCGCCAGGCAAAGAGAGUUCGUUCAAACGGGAAUGGCGAUGAAAAAAUGAGAAAUGUUAGAGACGCGUACUAAAAAUAGGGAUAUUGGAAAAGUUGGAGAGCCAUACCGAAUGUGGCAGGAGCGCAAGCUUCUGCCAAUAAUCAGUAACAGUUUGAACAGAGCCACUGUAGCUACUACGGUUGUGUGAGUAUAGACACGAGAAAAGGAGCUGUAAAACAGAGCCACGGACACUCGUGCAAAACGAGAUUACUGAGCAGCAUGACGACAUUUUUUGGGAAAAUGUUAUACUGAGAGCCACCUUUAAAGAGAAGUUUUCCCAACGGCGAUUCUCUCCGGCUGAAAAUCCUGACAUGAAAUAACGUUGCGUAUUGCAGUGUAAAACUCUAGUGAAGAACGGGCUAGGCAAGACAUCAUUCCAGUUGACCAUGGAUAAUCCCCCACAUAGAAUUAGUAUUUCAAUGGGCUAAAAAUAUUACAAGCUGCAUUAAACCGAAAAGUUAAAAGUGUUUGACCGAAUCUAGUGUUUGUGCACAACACACGAAAUCGUAGAUCAAAUCGUGCGUUUACCAUUGAAAGCGUUUUUUUUGUUGCAGUAUUUUAUUCAUACGAGCUCCAGCACAGGUUUAGUUGGUUUUCAUUAUUGAAAGUAUUUUUUUUUGUUUUCUGGAAAAGCAUAUCGCUCUUUAUUUUCAACACGAAAAUGCUGCGUAACGGUAGCAUUGAGGAAAGGUUUCAGCUAUCCUAUCGAUGAACAAAUUGCUCAAUGCGGCUGUAAUAUAUUCGUAUAUUUUGUAUAGUUCAAUGGACAAAGGACGUGUGGUGAAGAAAGCUUAAAACACAAAGUGAAUCCGAUGUAUGACAUCACAAUCGGAUCCAGUGGUUCACACGAUUAACGAUUGAAUCAUAAUGUUUCAUGUAUGCUCACAGCACCACCUUUGAAGAAAUUAUUCAUGAAGCAGCAGCACCUAUUGCGAAUAGAGCAGCAAAAAAAAAGAUGCAUGGUGUUUAAAUAUGUGUACGUCUUCACGCUUAUUGCAAGUUUAGUAUUUAAAAUCGUGUGCUACACGGUGGGUUUAUCCCCACUUGCCAAUCAGCUGCUGCACCCAUUUACGGCAUUGCAAACCUAUUUUGUGUUCCUCUUUUUUGUUGCUUUAAUUAAUCCAACAACUGCCACAGGAGCUUGUCAUGCUUUUUAAAAUGAUCAAUGUGCGGUUAAAAGUGUGUGAAAAGUUUCAACACCAUCAAAGUGUGAUGGAAAGAAAGUGUCUAAUGGCAUAGUGUGUGCGAGAGUGUGUGUGUGUGUGCGCGUGAUUUUUAAUUUAAUUUGUUUCCUGGCAGAUCUCUGAUCCAUUAAACAAAAGCAAAAUUUAAUGCAAGUGUUCAGAGGCGAGCAACUAGAUGCGGUAGUGUAUGUGUGCGUGUGUGUGUGAGUGCCGCGUGCUGUUGUACAUAUAAAGUAAAAAGGUGGCCGAAUAAAUGCGUGAAUCAAUAGUUGGAAACGGCAUGUUCAAUACCAUCGAUUCGGUGAAUUUUUUUUGAUUGAUAUGUGGAGUAACAUUUCCCAUCGCUAAACGAGAAAGCCAUAAGUGUUGUUGUAUUGCCCGGAAAAAAAUUGCUUAGUAUUCCGACCAUAUUUAUCACCGCUAUUAUCCGAAGCAGCAACUAGAAGAAAGACGACAGUGAUAGCAGCAGCAGCAGCAGCAGCAAUGCAAACUCAGCAGUAGCAACAUUAUUAGCAUUACGAUCAGCAGCACAAAGGCGUCAGAGGAAUCGAAUUAGUUCGGGCGCAACUAUAUAACCGCAGCAGCUGCAGCAAGCUUUUACAAAUCAAAAAGCUUUUGAUUGAUACCGCUUUGCGCUACGAAAGAAUUAUAUUACCGUGUUUUUGGAAAAAGCAGGCCAAUUUCAAGGACAUUUCCCGAUGAAAUAAAUGCGUCAUUAUCAUUACAAUGGCGCCGUAUAUAUAACUGUGAUCUGUGGAAAGAAAUUCAUGAGCCCCAUGCCUUGGACAUCAGAGGCUCUCAUUGUUGGCCAUAUAGACAAUGACCGAAGACUCCGAUUCGAUAUCUGAGGAAGAACGUAGUUUGUUCCGUCCUUUCACUCGUGAAUCAUUACAAGCUAUUGAAGCACGUAUUGCAGAUGAAGAAGCCAAACAGCGAGAAUUGGAAAGAAAGCGAGCCGAGGGGGAGAGUGAUUUUGGUCGGAAGAAAAAGAAAAAAGAAAUACGCUACGAUGACGAGGAUGAGGAUGAAGGUCCCCAACCGGACCCUACACUUGAACAGGGUGUACCUGUCCCAGUUCGAAUGCAGGGCAAUUUCCCUCCGGAGUUGGCCUCCACGCCUCUCGAGGAUAUUGACGGUUUUUAUUCGAAUCAAAGGACAUUCGUAGUUGUUAGUAAAGGAAAAGACAUUUUUCGUUUCUCCGCCACCAACGCAUUAUACGUACUUGAUCCGUUUAACCCUAUACGUCGCGUAGCUAUUUAUAUUUUAGUACAUCCACUGUUUUCACUUUUUAUAAUAACGACCAUUCUUGUUAAUUGUAUAUUGAUGAUUAUGCCUACCACGCCGACAGUCGAAUCUACCGAGGUGAUAUUCACCGGCAUCUACACGUUCGAAUCAGCUGUAAAAGUGAUGGCGCGAGGUUUCAUAUUACAACCGUUUACUUAUCUUAGAGAUGCAUGGAAUUGGUUGGACUUCGUAGUAAUAGCAUUAGCAUAUGUAACUAUGGGUAUAGAUCUGGGUAAUCUCGCUGCGUUGAGAACAUUCAGGGUAUUACGAGCUCUCAAAACAGUAGCCAUCGUUCCGGGUUUAAAAACCAUCGUCGGAGCUGUCAUAGAAUCCGUAAAGAAUCUCAGAGAUGUGAUAAUUUUAACAAUGUUUUCGUUAUCCGUGUUUGCUUUAAUGGGUCUACAAAUCUACAUGGGAGUGCUAACACAAAAAUGCAUAAAAGAGUUCCCAAUGGACGGUUCAUGGGGUAAUCUCACACAUGAAAACUGGGAGCUGUUCAACAGCAAUGAGACGAAUUGGUUCUAUUCCAUUAGCGGUGACAUUCCACUUUGUGGUAACUCAUCUGGAGCUGGGCAAUGUGAUGAAGGUUACAUUUGUUUACAAGGUUACGGCAUAAAUCCAAAUUACGGGUAUACAAGUUUUGAUACAUUCGGAUGGGCAUUCUUGUCUGCCUUUCGUCUAAUGACUCAAGAUUAUUGGGAGAAUUUAUAUCAACUGGUGUUACGAUCAGCUGGACCGUGGCACAUGCUCUUCUUCAUUGUGAUUAUCUUCUUGGGUUCGUUUUACCUUGUAAAUUUAAUCUUGGCCAUUGUAGCCAUGUCGUACGACGAACUCCAGAAGAAGGCCGAAGAGGAAGAGGCCGCCGAGGAAGAAGCACUUCGGGAAGCAGAAGAAGCUGCAGCAGCAAAAGCGGCAAAGCUGGAAGCACAACAAGCAGCUGCAGCAGCGGCAGCCAAUCCAGAGAUCGCUAAAAGCCCAUCGGAUUUCUCUUGUCACAGCUAUGAGUUGUUUGUCGGACAAGAGAAGGGCAACGACGAUAACAAUAAGGAGAAGAUGUCCAUCAGAAGCGAAGGAUUGGAGUCGGUGAGCGAAAUCACAAGAACAACCGCACCAACAGCUACUGCAGCUGGCACUGCAAAAGCCCGUAAAGUGAGCGCGGCUUCACUUUCAUUACCCGGUUCACCAUUUAAUCUUCGUAGAGGAUCUAGAGGAUCACAUCAGUUCACGAUACGUAACGGUAGAGGACGUUUCGUUGGUGUACCUGGUAGCGAUAGAAAACCAUUGGUACUCUCAACAUAUCUUGAUGCACAAGAACAUUUGCCAUAUGCCGAUGAUUCCAACGCGGUAACGCCGAUGUCGGAGGAAAAUGGUGCAAUCAUCGUUCCAGUAUACUAUGCUAAUUUAGGUUCAAGGCAUUCGUCGUAUACUUCACACCAAUCGCGUAUUUCCUACACAUCUCAUGGUGAUCUGCUCGGUGGCAUGACGAAGGAGAGCCGUCUGCGUAAUCGAUCUGCGCGUAACACUAACCAUUCAAUUGUGCCCCCUCCGAACGCGACUAAUCUAUCUUACGCCGACACAAACCACAAAGGACAGCGAGAUUUUGACAUGACACAGGACUGUACGGAUGAUGCUGGCAAAAUAAAACACAACGACAAUCCUUUCAUAGAACCUGCUCAAACCCAAACCGUGGUAGAUAUGAAAGACGUGAUGGUGUUGAACGACAUUAUUGAGCAAGCUGCUGGUCGGCACAGUAGAGCUAGUGAUCAUGGAGUCUCUGUUUAUUACUUCCCCACAGAGGACGACGACGAGGACGGGCCAACGUUCAAGGAUAAAGCGAUCGAGUUCCUGAUGAAGAUGAUCGACAUUUUCUGCGUCUGGGACUGUUGUUGGGUUUGGCUUAAAUUUCAGGAAGGUGUUGCUUUUAUUGUGUUCGACCCAUUUGUGGAGCUAUUCAUUACGCUCUGCAUUGUAGUAAAUACGUUAUUCAUGGCGUUAGAUCAUCAUGAUAUGGAUCCCGAUAUGGAAAAGGCUCUGAAGAGUGGCAACUACUUCUUCACAGCAACGUUUGCUAUCGAAGCAACAAUGAAGCUUAUUGCCAUGAGCCCCAAAUACUACUUUCAAGAGGGUUGGAAUAUCUUCGAUUUUAUUAUUGUAGCACUGUCCCUACUAGAGUUGGGGCUUGAGGGUGUUCAAGGAUUGUCAGUAUUACGUUCAUUCCGUUUGCUUCGAGUCUUUAAGCUCGCCAAAUCCUGGCCAACGCUGAAUUUACUCAUUUCCAUCAUGGGCAGAACGAUGGGAGCGUUAGGUAAUCUGACGUUCGUGCUCUGCAUUAUCAUCUUCAUCUUUGCCGUGAUGGGAAUGCAGCUGUUCGGAAAGAACUAUGUCGAUAAUGUGCAUCUGUUCCCAGACCAAGAUCUGCCAAGAUGGAAUUUUACCGAUUUCAUGCAUUCCUUUAUGAUUGUGUUCCGUGUGCUGUGCGGUGAAUGGAUCGAAUCCAUGUGGGACUGUAUGCUUGUUGGCGAUGUGUCAUGCAUACCAUUUUUCCUGGCUACGGUAGUAAUAGGAAAUUUAGUCGUUCUUAAUCUUUUCUUAGCUUUGCUUUUGUCAAAUUUCGGUUCUUCAUCCCUGUCCGCACCAACGGCAGACAACGAGACCAACAAGAUCGCUGAAGCGUUUAACAGAAUAUCACGCUUUUCUAAUUGGAUCAAGGCGAACAUAGCAAAUGCACUCAAGUUUGUGAAAAACAAAUUAACGAGUCAAAUAGCAUCGGUGCAACCUACAGGCAAAGGAGUAUGUCCAUGUAUAUCUGCAGAACAUGGUGAAAAUGAGCUGGAACUUACUCCAGAUGACAUACUGGCUGAUGGGCUGCUGAAGAAAGGCAUCAAGGAACACAACCAGCUGGAAGUAGCAAUAGGAGAUGGAAUGGAAUUUACCAUUCACGGUGAUCUGAAGAACAAGGCAAAGAAAAACAAGCAGAUCAUGAACAACUCAAAGGUGAUAGGCAAUUCUAUUAGUAAUCAUCAAGAUAAUAAAUUAGAACAUGAACUGAAUCAUAGAGGCGUGUCCUUGCAGGACGAUGAUACUGCCAGUAUCAAAUCUUAUGGCAGUCACAAAAAUCGCCCAUUCAAGGACGAAAGCCACAAAGGCAGCGCCGAAACGAUGGAGGGCGAAGAAAAACGUGAUGCCAGCAAGGAGGAUUUAGGAAUUGACGAAGAGCUCGAUGACGAAGGCGAAGGCGAAGAAGGUCCGCUAGAUGGUGAGCUUAUUAUUCACGCCGAGGAGGAUGAAGUGAUCGAAGAUUCACCGGCGGACUGCUGCCCGGAUAAUUGCUAUAAAAAGUUCCCAGUGCUCGCUGGAGACGAUGAUGCUCCGUUUUGGCAGGGCUGGGCAAACCUACGUCUCAAAACGUUCCAGCUGAUUGAGAACAAGUACUUCGAGACUGCUGUAAUUACUAUGAUUUUGCUUAGUAGCUUAGCAUUGGCUCUCGAAGAUGUACAUCUUCCACAACGCCCAAUCCUGCAAGAUAUCCUUUAUUAUAUGGACCGAAUAUUCACAGUGAUAUUUUUUUUAGAGAUGUUAAUCAAAUGGUUAGCUUUAGGUUUUAAAGUAUACUUUACGAAUGCUUGGUGUUGGCUUGAUUUUAUUAUCGUAAUGGUAUCAUUAAUAAACUUCGUUGCUUCACUUUGUGGAGCGGGUGGUAUUCAAGCAUUCAAAACCAUGCGAACUCUUAGAGCCCUGAGACCGCUACGUGCCAUGUCCCGUAUGCAGGGAAUGAGGGUCGUCGUGAAUGCAUUGGUUCAAGCUAUACCGUCCAUCUUCAACGUGCUGCUGGUUUGUUUGAUAUUCUGGCUGAUAUUUGCUAUUAUGGGAGUGCAAUUAUUUGCUGGAAAAUACUUCAAGUGUGUGGAUAAAAAUAAAACAACAUUACCUCACGAAAUUAUUCCGGAUGUAAAUGCGUGCAAAGCCGAAAAUUAUACAUGGGAAAACUCACCGAUGAACUUCGAUCACGUCGGUAAAGCGUAUUUGUGUCUAUUUCAAGUAGCGACAUUCAAAGGAUGGAUACAAAUCAUGAACGAUGCCAUUGAUUCCCGUGACGUCGGCAAACAGCCUAUACGGGAAACAAACAUCUACAUGUAUCUGUACUUUGUGUUCUUCAUUAUCUUCGGAUCGUUCUUCACACUGAAUCUCUUCAUCGGUGUGAUUAUUGAUAACUUCAAUGAACAGAAAAAGAAAGCCGGAGGAUCACUGGAAAUGUUCAUGACGGAAGAUCAGAAAAAGUACUACAAUGCCAUGAAGAAGAUGGGAUCGAAGAAACCACUCAAGGCAAUCCCUCGACCAAGGUGGCGCCCGCAAGCAAUAGUGUUCGAAAUAGUGACGAAUAAAAAGUUCGACAUGAUCAUCAUGUUGUUCAUCGGCUUCAAUAUGUUAACCAUGACGCUGGAUCACUACAAACAAUCAGAAACGUUUAGCGCGGUGCUAGACUACUUGAAUAUGAUAUUCAUCUGCAUUUUCAGCAGUGAAUGUUUGAUGAAGAUCUUCGCCCUACGAUACCAUUACUUUAUCGAACCGUGGAAUCUGUUUGAUUUCGUUGUGGUCAUUCUUUCCAUUUUAGGUCUUGUCUUAAGUGAUCUUAUUGAGAAAUAUUUUGUAUCUCCAACGCUUCUGCGAGUCGUGCGAGUUGCAAAAGUGGGCCGUGUACUGCGUUUGGUGAAGGGUGCCAAGGGUAUACGGACGUUGCUGUUUGCGUUAGCUAUGUCGCUGCCUGCACUUUUUAACAUCUGUCUGCUACUGUUUUUGGUGAUGUUCAUUUUUGCCAUUUUUGGGAUGUCAUUCUUCAUGCACGUCAAGGAUAAGAGUGGCUUGGAUGAUGUGUACAACUUUAAAACCUUCGGCCAGAGUAUGAUCUUGCUGUUUCAGAUGUCCACCUCAGCCGGUUGGGAUGGUGUGCUAGAUGGUAUUAUCAACGAAGAAGACUGUCUACCACCGGACAAUGAUAAAGGCUACCCGGGAAAUUGUGGCUCAUCAACGAUCGGCAUAACGUACCUAUUGGCGUAUCUAGUAAUAAGUUUUCUUAUCGUCAUCAACAUGUACAUCGCUGUUAUUCUCGAAAACUAUUCCCAAGCAACGGAAGACGUGCAGGAGGGCUUGACGGACGACGACUACGAUAUGUACUACGAAAUAUGGCAACAGUUUGAUCCGGACGGUACACAAUACGUUCGGUACGAUCAACUAUCAGACUUUCUGGACGUGCUGGAACCGCCCCUCCAGAUACAUAAACCGAACCGUUACAAAAUUAUUUCGAUGGAUAUUCCUAUCUGCCGUGGCGAUAUGAUGUUCUGUGUCGAUAUCCUGGACGCACUGACGAAAGACUUUUUCGCUCGGAAAGGAAAUCCUAUCGAAGAGACGGCAGAGUUGGGUGAGGUACAACAGCGUCCGGACGAAGUGGGUUACGAACCGGUGUCGUCCACGCUCUGGAGGCAACGCGAAGAAUACUGUGCCCGUCUGAUACAACACGCAUGGAAACGCUACAAGCAGCGUCAUGGCGGUGGAACUGACGGUUCCACCGGAGACGAUCUUGAAAUAGAUGCCUGUGAUAACGGAAACGAUGGUGGCAAUGGCAAUGAUAACGACGGUAGCGGUGGAGCUGCAAUAGGUAGUGGAGACAAUGGUAGCCAGAUCGCCGGUGGCAGCAUAGGCGGUGGCGUUGGCACCCCUGGUAGUGGUAAAAGUAAAGGAAUUCUCGGCGGUUCUCAGGCGAACAUAGGUGUAGUGGAUCAUAGUCUAUCAUCAAAGGAAUCACCGGAUAGUAACGGCGAUCCUCAAGGCCGCCAGACGGCCGUUCUGGUGGAGAGUGACGGAUUCGUGACGAAAAACGGUCACCGCGUCGUCAUACACUCACGAUCUCCCAGCAUAACAUCGCGAACGGCGGAUGUCUGAGCCAGGUCUCGCCCCCCUCUCUCGGAUUCAGAUUCCGAAGCACGGCAGAAAUAAUAAAUUCAAAUAACAUGGAAUGUAAGAUUGAAGUACACAACUAACAUCGACAAAUUCUCUCAAAAACACACGCAAGCUAUCUUAUGUACAUGUACAUAUAGUCGUCAAUCGAAAGACGCUACAUCAAACUCCUCAAUCAACAGAACAGUACAGAAGGAUAAUCGUAAGGAAAUCAGAAGAGGUUGUUUUGCUGGUGCUGAUAAGACUCUGGCACAUUCAGUCAGGCAGUGGCCGUAUCCUACUAAUAUAAACAGCGAAUCUAUCACAGGCACUAAAUGAACAGGAAAAAAACGAUCAAACAAGCCUUGGUAUUGAAAGGUACAUGUGUUCUUACAUGGCGCAUCGUAAGAUUCAUCACAGUGAAGAGCAUUAUGCUGAAACCGAACAUACACCCAAACAAAAAAAAAACCAAUCGUCAUCGUUUAUAGCAAACUCGAGAUCGUAUAACUAAUUAAUAUAACUAAUUUAUUUUUUUAAUUUUAUCUAACCUUACGAAUCUCCAUGCCUAAACUUCGUGCUAUUGUUUAUACGUGUUUGUUUUAAUAUGGUUUAAUUGUAAUGCUUUUAAUUACUCUCAAUAUCAGUAUGCAGAACUAGCAACUGCAUACUUUUUUUAAAUUAUGCUUCUAUAAAUUUUUAUUUGUAUUAACAUAAGUUGUUCGGAAAGUAGUAUAAGUACUUGAAUUGACUGUUUCUGUAAGCUGCUUGCAAAUUCAGUUUUAGUAUUUUUUUCCAUUUGUUUGUUUGAAUACAAAACGACGGCAAAUAAGAGAAUCUCCGAAUACGAUCAACUCGAAAUUUAACAAAAGAACAACCCCCUCCCUUUUUGCUUAAUCACCUCAUUUAAGUCGAUUCAAUUAAAUCAUAAAAAAACACAACGAGAAAUACGGAAAUGGCAAAAAACAGUAACGACAUGAACUGUGGUUCUUUACCAUUAACUGUCGAUAAUUGUUGAUAUACUUUUCAUUUUUCAAUGAUCCAACGUCUCCUGAAUGACGUUGAAUCUACGUAAAGCGAUAAUGACGAUGAUGAUGAUGUUUUUUUUUCUAAGUCCGAUUUUUUUGUUGUUCAAUUACAUGACUCCGUUGAACAUACUAACAGGGCUAUUAUGAAACGCAAACAUCUUUUCAAACGUCACACAAAGUUGCCUUUCGUAUUAUGACUUUCCGUUUGGCUCUCCGUUUGGCACAUCAGACGUUUCAAAAAUCAAUGAUAACUUGAUGACAAACGGAAAGUAAAAAAUUUGCAUUACCUGUGCCAAACGGAAACCCCGUUAGAGAGAAAAUUUUCCGUCAGCCGAAAGCAACGGAAAGUACAAUUUUCUUGAGAAUUGAUUAUUAAAAAGUGAAUACGGAGGUGUCCACUUCUUUUGUAACUCAUUAUUCACACGAAAUACAACAGUGGUGAUGAGAUUUGCGACUUCAAAACUCAAAUUUUGUUAAAAAAUCAUACAGUUGCUUCUCUCGACGAACUGCUAUUUUGAAUUUUGUUUAUGGUUUUCAUCUUGACAGAUUGAUUGAUCCAAGAAAAAAGUCGAUGAAGCUUUCAUAAACUCCAACGAGCAACCAUAAUGCAAAUUUGCUUUCCGUUUGAAUUGUGACUUUCCGUUUGUGAAAUUUCCGUUUGCGUUUCAUAAUAGCCCUGUAAAUCAAAGAAAUUUCAACGCGUGUGUUUAAGCGUGUGAGAAUGGCACGAAAUGCUCUGAAUGUGUAAAAAAAAAUCCAUGCAAAGCUAACCACAGAAAGGCCUGUGUGUGCUGCGUGUAUUGUAUUCAUAGGUUAAAAUGCUUGAACAUUUGCAAGUAAUCCAAGGCAUACAGAGGAUAUUUCGGUGAGGACACACGUAGAUACGAUGAAGAUAUCCUUUAGCACAAGAGCACUAAUUCUACAAGUAUGCAUGGAUCCUGACAGUAUUUAUCAGUAAAACCUCUGCUACGUUAUUCUUGCAACAUGAACAAAAAAGGAAACAAAACAAAACUGCAAAGCGUACACUGAAAUUGAUCAGCAUCCACAACUUACCAUGGAAAACGCUACUUUACUAAAAACGUCAAACUAAAUCUGUCAGCCACUAGCAAAGCAAAACCAAGCUUGGCCAAUUUCAUUACUAAUAUGUUUCUGCGUGCAAUCAAAAAGCCAUCAACAAAGAGGAAUGAGAGAUAUAAAUGAUUUUGAAAAAUGUUAUAACAAAACAGCAUAAUCAUUUGUAUCGAAGUGCAAACAAAACACUAACAAAAAUCAAAUGCGAGGGGUCGGGGCGAGCCUUUAAAUAUAACGAUAAAAAAACUUAUUGAAUUUAAUAAUAAGAAAAUAAAAUAUACACACACGCUUACACACUAAACAAACAAAAAAAACACAAUGACACAGGAUCACCGAUUCAUAAUCAAAAACCAAAAAAAAAGAGAGGAAAAACAUUUCCAGUUCAAACACAUACACACACACACACAUGCAACGUACUAGAAAUGCUUUUUAACAUAAACGAAUAUUGCCAGCAAUUUGAAUAUAUGAUGCUAGAGAUCGCUGGCAGUAAUGCGAAAAUAGGUAAAUUAAAGAAAAAAGAAACAACAAAAACCAGAAGUAAGAAAACUAGCUAUAGUUUCAAAAGGCGAAUUUCUUGCACAUUUAGCGUAUUACAAGGGUGAGGGUGUCUAAAAACGUUUUUGUUAAAAAAAAAGUCCUUUCAGUCAGUUUUGCGCCGGAAACUAUUAAUGUAGUAUGUAAAAGGUUCGAAGUAUUAAGAAGUGCUUCAUAUAACUGAAACGCUAACGAGUAUCAAAGAAAACAGACAACAAAUGUUAAAAACAAAACAAACAAAAAAAUCUAGUGAUGAUCGGAUCGACGAACGAGAUGAAAACUAGAAUAGAAGGCAUCAUAGAGACAGUAAAAGCUAAUCAAAAAUGGCUUAAAUAUCAAUCAUGUUCAGAACACAGAACGCUCUCUGGAAAACGAGAGGAAAAGAGAGGGCUCAAAACAAAAGAGCAGAAAAAUGGAAGAAACAUGCAAAUUAACUGCAACAGAACAAUUGAUAAGCUUGAUAAAAACAGUGGUCUAUGCACGCGCGUAUGCACCAAUACACACACAAACCAAAAAAAAAGAAGAAAUGGAAAGGAUAAAAGUGUGGCAAACAUUGCUAUAUCUUUAAAGAAAAAACGAACGUUUCUUUAUAGGUUCCCUUUUUACCGAUUGCUUCAUAAAGAAUGCUUUUGUGAUAUUAAAUAAAAACUAAAACAUACAAAAAAAAACAAACAACAUAACAAAACAAAAAUAACAAAUGCUUUUGGCGGUGUCGUUUCCGACUAGGGUUCAGUAUAACAUAGAAGGACAUAGCGGCAAGAGGGAGAAGAGGAACUGGAUCUGUCGUUACCUUUUUUCUCCCCACUACACAACGCGCCGAUGUAAAAUAUGAAUCAGCAACAAUAUUAGGUUAGGGGUUUGGCAGCGGUGGGGCACAUGUUCGGAUGUGUGGAGGUGUUAACUCUGAUCCAUGUAUUGACUAUGUAGCCUAAGCCAGUUUUAAAACAUUGGAAAUCGCUCCACAUUCUAUCAACAGUCCACAAAUUCACAUGUAACUUGAUACGUUUGUAAAAAACAAAACAAAAAUGCGUAUGGAUCACUGCCACAUACAUGCAUUCGCUCACUUUUACCAGUACCUAUGAACGCUUUUCUCGCCCCCCCUUUUUCCCAUAAAGCCAAUCUCAUUCGAAUGUAGCGAUAACACUUUAGUUUUAACAUACUACAAACAUUACCUUAAUUUUUUCCUUACACAUUUUCUUAGUAAACACAUCUAGAAAUGGCAACAGAAAACACAAAAUACGCUCACUACAUUGUGACCUAUGACCUAUACUGGUAAACGUUACAAUGUUUCAACCGUUCUACUAAAUGUGUAAUGUGUUCCUUCACACACUCACUCACAAACACACAACCCACAUACACACACACACACACACGCACGCAUACUUUGAUAUCGGGUAUUAUUAUGCUUUUACUUCAUACUUAUCGUAAACAAUGUUUGAAAACAAUGCAAUGCUUACAAAAAACGAAAACAAACGGAUAAAUCUUGUAGAUAGGUAGCACAACGCUCAUUACAAAUUGAAGGUUGGUGAGUUGCAUCCAUAGUAAUACUUCAUCCAGCACGUUAAUUUUUACUUCCUAAUAUCGAGUAAAUGUAAUGAGAGGCGCCCACCAACACAGGUACUGCAAAACAUGGGUCACAAAACAAAACAAAACAAAUAUAUAUACCAAAGAUUUAAAAUCAACCUCUUACAGUUCGUGCAAAUUUAAUGGUAUGGCAAAGGGCAGGAAAGACAACAACAAACACACAUAUACGAUUACUUUUACAACUGUUUUCGCUAAAAAAAGAAGUCAUAAAUGGUAUAGGCAAACAUCAGCUAUUUAAAUUUCAACAUCGUCUAACGUAUAUGCAACAUACACGCUCAAACGCAAGCAUAUAAAAACACAUACAAAGAGACAUACAUACAACGGACACAACUCGUUGUUACACGAAGAAUAAUUUUAUCCAUCACACUAAAACAUUACUAGCAAAAAUCGUAUUGCAAACUGGAUGUUGCUUUCCACUAAUGAAAGAGAAAUAGAAUGAAUCGUUAAACAUGUGUUUUUUUGGUUUCGUUCGUCUACCACCGUUGAAAACAUUCGUUAUAGCAACUUUUGUAGCAAGUAUACCUACAUAGUAAAUGAGAACGAAGUUUUGGUUUGCCAUUUGCUCUGCUAAUUGAUUAAACCCUUGCAUACCGUUGUUUAUACUGAAUACAGUGUGGAAGGAAGAGGAAGAUGAAUUAACAGCCAUUCAUGUACAACCCCAUCUCUCAUGUGUUGAAUGAAAAUGUUCGCUUGAAGCGGUGGAGAUAAUCUCAUACAAAAUAAAAACAAAAAAACAAAACUAUAGUAUGAUGAGAACGGGGGGAAACAUCAUCAAGUAGAGAUGCAACUAUUGCAAAAAAAAAACACAGACACAAUACUUAGGGCGCAUAUAUUGCUUGUGAAGAUAUUAAAAACAAAAAAUGGAGUGAUGAAACGUAGAUCAAGCCAGUUUAGCUAGUGCCGAUUAAAACGUGCAAACGUGUUUUUUGCGUACCCAGAUGCGCUUGCUGUCCAUUUGCUAAUUGUCUAUUUGCUAGCGUUAGUGCCAGCACAACAUGCGUACAUGGUCGUGCUUUUUCGUCAUACAUGCAUUCAUCCACUUGUCCGUCUUGCCAGCGCAUUAGUAUUCGAAUGUCCGUACAACAAUGCAGUAUAAAAACACGUAAAAUAACUCGUUUCCCGAAGGCGAGUACGAAACAGAACAGGGGAGAUAUAGAUAGAACACAAUGAGCAACCGUAUGGGGAUACUUACGCUACUUACGGUGUGUAUCUUUAAAUUUAACUAAAUUAACUCAAAUUGGCAUGCCAGCGUAGAGACAGGAAGAGAAACAAAGGGAGAAGGAGAGAGUACCCCCAAAAAAAAACGAAACAAAAGAAUGUUAAAGUCUAUAAAUAUGAAAAAGAAAAUUCACGCACUUAAGCAAUGCACACAUUUGAGUAAGUAAAGCAUGAGCGUGAGCUGAAGCGAGCUAGCAAUGAACCACGCCAAAAACUACAGUAAUGUUUUCCUAUCAACCGAUGGGUGAAUUAUACUUUCUAAGAUAGGAAUAGCGGAAAACAAAUGGACAGAAAGAUGCCAGUAAACACAGUAAACGACACCAGUGAAAGGCGCGCUUUUGCAGCUCUGUACUAAUUCACCUUUAAUAAUUCAGGUUUAAGUGUAGCGAGAACAGAACGCAUAGCUGCAUGCGCAUGGCUUCUAGAACGUACGGCAUCCAAAGGCAAUAAAAAAAAACAAAAAAAAAAAUAUCGCAGCGCUCAAAAAUGGGGAGAAAAACAACUAAGCUAAGGCGGAAAAAAAUAAUACAACCAUAUUAAAGACGCCCACAAACACACACACAACACAGAAAUAAUGUAUUGAGGAAGGAAAGUUCCUCCCAUGUCCAAAAAAUAAACAACAAUUUCAGUGCCUUUUUCAAAAAUAAGUGUGCAAGAAAACCAAAAAAAAAAACAAUGAAAUUCCCAAAAGUUGAACACAUGCUGCUGAACGCGCGUUUCGAAUGAUCACCACAUUUGAAAUGACGCAAGCCGGUCGAUUUGAAUCGAACGGACGACGGACAAGUAAUCGCUUAGAUCGAAUAGAGCAAAUGCAAGGCAAGUUUAUUCGCUACCAUGAAAAACAUAACAACUCUCCAGUCAAAGAAACAUAGUAUGGAGAAAUUUUAAAUCGUGCAUAGAUCCACACAGAUAGUAGUGGCAGCAUAUUUGAAACAACAAACAACAAAAAAGGCAAAACUUAUAUUAGGAAUCUGUAUAAAUGAUUCGUAGCAUGCAAGAGCAAGAGUAACAAACAUGAAGUAUUUGUAUUAACUAAAAAGUCUCCUUAUCCGGUGCAAGUCGUGAUGGAUUGUUUUAUUUUUAUCUACACUUAUCGUGCAUCACAAUUCGGCAAACGAAUGCGAUACGAAACCAGAAAACCAAAGAAGUACACUACAAUUUUGUUUAUCCUUCAUGGUUUAUAUGUUUAGCUGUGUUUUCAUGACUUCCACCAUUGCUUUCCUAAGCACAUGUUCGACCUUUUAAUAUAAGGAUUUUUGUUCUUCGUUUCGUAUGGUUUCCGGUAUCAUUUGUACCAUAUUGUACAUUGCACCGCUUACAACAAAAAACCCAAUCGGGAUGUUCGUUCAAAUCUCGAUUGAGUUUCAAACAACAGCCCUAACGCUGGGCAACAUUUUGCAUGCCAGUUUUCCAUGUUUUCAUUUAGCCAAAAAAAAAGGUAGCGAGCAUUCGUCAUUAAAGUAUUAAACAAGCCGUUCCAACCGAGAUAAUUUGCUAAGCAAUCGCCACGGUUAGGAGCUACCCAGGUAUAACAUGACUUCGUCCAUUACGGUCCGUGGAUACGCAACGCAACGUAAUUCUUUCUAGCUGUAGCACACCUUGGAAGGAAUUGUAUCUGCUUACGCCAGAUGGAUGCUAACAGCUGCGGCAGCUUCAAAACAGCUUCAAAGCAUUAUUGAAAAUUAAAGCUUUGCUGAUAGAGGGUAACCAAAUUUGACGAAGUAAUUAACAAGAUGAUAAUCUACUCAAUCGAACUCGACCAAGUUCACUCGAUCUAACCAUAUAAUGUACAAUCAAGAGGAAACAGUGAACGCCACUUCAAGCGAACAUUUAUUGCAGGAUGGAAGCAAACACAGGCACCCGUGUUGUUGUAAAUUAGCCGAUUGAAUGCAAUCGAACGAUACACUAGAGGCGCGUAAAAGGACACACAUGCAAAAAGGGGCAAUGAAUUGCCGGAAGGGAAAUAAGAAAGAAAAGAAAAUAUAAUAAGAGAAGAAGAAAACAAACCAUACGCUGUAUCGAAAGUUAAGUGACAAAACAAAAACAACAGAACAAAAAACAAACAAAAAAAGAACGAAAACGAAAGCACGAGAAGCGAUAGAAUGACCCGCAGCAACCAGGAGCGGCAGUGGAAGUAAGAUAGAAUUCAUUCAAAAGAUGCAACAUUUCAAAAUAACGCCGAAAGCCGAAAGCCGAACCGAUUUUUGGGUUUUUUUGUUUUGGUUUUGUUUUCUUCUGUAGCGAUAAAAACGAUAAAACAAAUUAGCAGCGAAUCAGAGUACUUUUACAAGUAGCACCCCGGGAACCAACCAAAAGCAAAAGAACAGUUAGUAAAAAGCCCAGUUAUAACUGACCGUACCAUAUAUACUUAGAUAUAUUUCUCAAAGAGCAUCUACAUUUGUUUGUUUGGUGGUAAGAGGAUGGGCUUUUGGCUCAACUGUUAUCGGCGUGUACAUUUUCUUACAUUACGAGUGCAGACAACCAACUAAAACAGUACACCCACACAUACACACACAUACAAAACACACACAUACAGUUCUAGCAAUCGCUUGAAAAGAACCAAAAUGCGCUGCUCUUAUUCAUCACACUAUUGCUACAAUGUUACUCAGCCUGAUUUCGAUGCAAACCAGUCCAUUAAUUGCUUUAUCACUCGAACAGCAGAUCGCAAUCGUCGUACGAGUCCAUGCAAGGUGCAUCUAUAAAUGCAGCUACAGUUACAACGGAUAAUAGGACAAGAAUCAGAUGAUACACAGCUACUUCCCCAGCUGUUGCUAUUAAUACUUGGUUCUACCUAAACACUCUAAACACUGGUGGUAAUAGUUUUUGCAAUGUGUCCAACAUUGCUUUCAUCGUUCACUCCCGUAUUGAAAUCUUUUGUGCAAGUUCCGCACUGGCGGAACUUACUUAAAAUACUAAGUAGCGCCGGAUGUUGUGAAGCUCACUCAGUUUUUUUUAGUUGUUUUUAUUGUGUUUUUAUUGUCAAAUAUGAAACUUCAAUUAGUUGCUAGAAAUGGGUUUUCAAGUGUUCAGCAAACUUACUACAGCUGAUUGCUACUGAUGUAGCGGUACAGAAUAUUUCGUGAACUAUUUUUUCUACUAUCUAGUGCAAACUGUGUAACUGUGUGUAACACGUAUGUAUGAGAGUGGGUGUGUGUGUAUGUAUGGUUGUGUGUGGGUGUAUGCCAGUAAAGAAUAAUCUGCUAACGUUGGGGCGUAGGGGCGUAUUGUGUAAAUGGUUUAUAUUUUUCUUUGUACUUUUGGCUGGAGAUGUUUAAAAGUAUACUGCAUUCCCCACUUCUAAACAUAUCACAGUGAAAAGCAAUGUCCCUUUUUCUUACAUGAGAAAAGUUCUUAGAAAUAUCAUUUUAGUAGACGCUGGUACUUACAAGGCAAGCAAGCACAAGACUGGUUGAAAAAUGUUCACGAAACUGUUCUGUGCGGUCAAAUUCUGUGUCUUCCCGAUAGGAUUUGGCCCACACAGCCGAAAGUGUCGCAAACCAAAGGUAAAAAGCAAUUGCAUUAAAGUUGAGUACAGCCAUUUUAUGUUACCAUUACCUGCUUAAUAAGUGAUUUUUUUAUACAAUUUAAACGAAAAGAACUCAUGAUACCAGCAAUCGGAAGCCAACAUUCUGAUGUAGUACAUCAAACACUUUGGGUUGCGCUGAAUUGUUUCUUUCGCUCGGUUGAUGUUACACUUGUAAAGAAUAUUAUCAAAACUCGACCAACAACUACAACUAUUAAAAAAAAACAACAACAAAACAUUAACAUUAUUGCACCUAAAGAUUGCAAACAAAUUCACCAAACAAAUCGUUCAACAUCCAACAUCUUUGCCAACGAAAUUAAGCUUCACUGGUCUACUGGUCUACGCUGGCAAUUGUACUUCACAUAUUAAUGUGACACAAAUUACGUUCACGUUCAUUGCCGAUUUAAAAAAAGAAACAACAUUCUGAUUAAUUUUGCCUAUUUUUCAAUGGUCAAAGCUAGCAUAAAAAUCAGAGCUAAUGGCAAUAUUUGCUAAACCUAACAAUAUAAAACAAACAUACACACAAAGGAACAAACAAAACAAAUUCCUUAUACACAAAACACUGAACAAUAUGUACUACCACACAAAUCAUAAAUGUGCAAACAUUUUUGGGAAAAUAAGUAAGGCAAAAAUGACCGCUAAUGGAAAACGACGAUGCAAAAUGCAUGAGCGAAGAAACAACAAACAAAAAGAUUAUAGAUUUAUUAUUCAUUAUGAUUAUUGUAAAAGAAAAAAAUUGUUGAAGUUUGUACAAAUAAAAUAAAUGAUAAAAUAUAGAACUUGACUGCUUUAGAAA